AGUACCAUAUGGUAGUCAGGUUUAAUUUUGUGUGUGUGUGUGUGUGCGCGUGUGUGUGCGCGCGUGUGUGUGUGCGUGUGUGUGUGUGUGUGUGUGCAUGGUGGAGUGUCAGUUAGGCUGUUUCUUCAGUUUCCUCACUAGCAGGUGGCUCAGAGAUAAUCCAAGUAAAGCUCCAAGUGGGGAUGGAGGGAUGGACGGAGGGAGGGAGGGAGAGGGGGUUGAGGGUGACUGUGGACAGGAGACGAGGGCUAAUUCCGGUCUCCUAAUCCUAGUCCCAAACCCCCCUCCCCCUCUUUGACUUUUCUUCUUCGCCGACCCAACAGUGCUGAGCAAGCUAAUGUGACCUAUCCUGGAUAGCAGUUGGCGUACCUGUUGGGUUUAGCAGAGAAUGUAGCUGCAGCCUAUCGGCUACACCACACAACACACACACCACCAUGGGAGAAGCUACAAAGGGCUUGCUCUCGGUCCUUCAGAAGUUGAAAGGGACCACAGAGAGUGUGGAGCUGAGGAUAGUUCUACUGGGUCUAGAUAAUGCAGGCAAGACCACCCUACUGAAGAGCCUCGCCUCAGAAGACAUCAACACUAUCACACCCACACAGGGCUUUAACAUUAAGAGUGUGGCCUCACAUGGCAUGAAGCUGAACGUAUGGGAUAUCGGAGGACAGAGGAAGAUCCGUCCCUUCUGGAAGAAAUACCUUGAGAACACAGACUUACUGAUCUAUGUCAUAGACAGCGCAGACAAGAAGCGGUUUGAGGAGACGGGACUGGAGCUGGAAGAGCUGAUCGAUGAGGAGAACUUAAAGGGUGUGCCAGUGCUCAUCUUUGCCAAUAAGCAGGACCUGGCCACGGCCUCACCCGCCAGUGAGAUCGCUGAGGGACUCAACCUGCACACGUACCGGGACCGCCAGUGGCAGAUCCAAGCCUGCUCAGCAGUGUCAGGGGAGGGAGUACAGGAUGGCAUGAACUGGAUUUGCAACAACAUUGUAAAUAAGAAGAAAUAAACUACCAGCCCUACUGUAUCAAUCCUCAUUUUCACCAGAGAGAAACAUACCCAAAUAUUGUAUUUUUACACUGUCUGGUUAUUUUAUUACUGCAAUGUGUGUGUGUGUGUGAGGUAUUAUUUUAAAUGGUGCUCCAAUGAAAGAAGAAUACUGGCCCUAGAAAUUUAAGGAAAGUUUUUUUUAUAUAUUUACAAAUAUGCCCUAUGUGAAUAUGCUGUAAUAAAAUUAUCAAAUGUACUUAAAUUAGCAUUAUGUCCAUAUCCUGUAAUUUCUGUUUUAUCCCAUGUCUGGAAGCUUCACUUGGAGAGUCUCUGUGUUUUCCUAUUUAUAAUAUUACACAUAUUGAAAUAAAGAUGUAAUAAUUUUGUUUGAGUCAGUCAGUCAGUUCGGUAAACACCAGAGUAGCGUAUUUGUAAAGUAUGUGUGUAAUGUACAAGUAUUUGUGUUUUGAGAUUUUGAGAUUUUUUUUUUUACAUUAAAAGCGUUAGUCAUA